AUGUACCAGCCGUACGCCGUCAACGUGCCGCCGCCGGUGCGGCCCAAGAUCCUCUGCCUCCACGGCGGCGGGUCGUCCGGAAUGAUCUUCCAGAUCCAGCUCGUCCGGCUGUCGCGGGUGCUCGAGCCGCGGUUCGAGUUCGUGUUCCUCGAGGGGCCGAUCGAAUGUGACGCCGGGCCGGGCGUGCUCCCCGUGUUCGAGGGGUGCGGGCCGUACCGGCGGUGGGUCAGCGACGACCCGUCGACGCCGGCGGACGAGUUCGCGCGGCAGAAGGAGACGGCGAUGGAGCUGCUCAAGGUGUACGUGCAGCAGACGGGGCCGUACGUCGGGGUGCUGGGGUUCUCGCAGGGGGCGCGGGCGGCGGCGAGCGUGCUCCUCGAGCAGCAGCGGCGGCCCUUUGUGCCGUACGACAUGUUCGGCGUGUUCCUGUGCGGCACGUACCCGCUCUUCGUGGCGGAGGAGGGCGGCGACGACGACAAGAUCAGGGCGCCGACGUUCCACCUCGUCGGGCUGUUCGACCCGUGGAAGCCGGCGAGCGAGGCGCUGAUCGAGUCCUGCGCCGAGGGGAGCACGCGUAAGGUGGUGCGGUACCCGGGCGGGCAUCACCUGCCGAACGCGCCCGAGACGAUCCAGAACAUUGCGACCAUGGUGAUUGACCUGUGGAAGGAGACGACGGGGGCGAGGGUUUGA